AUGGCAGCAACCAACAACCCCCUCGAGGACACACACUCCUCCUCCUCCUUCCCCACCGUCUCCGCCACCACCUUCACCAUCGCCGGAAUCAUCGUCACCGUCCAUGGGCUCUCCGAACUUCCCCCUUCAACCCAAGAGGUCGCCUGUCUCUGGCUUCUCCAUCCGCGUCUCCAAACUGCCCAGACCAUGGCGCCCCUUGCCAACCAAAUCAUCUCCACCCACAACGCCCGCAAGUCCUCCUCCAAAGGCCUCAUAGCCGUUGCCUUCGACCAACGCAACCACGGCACCCGCUGCGUCGACAAACUCCACAACGAAGCCUGGCGCAGCGGCAACCCGCGCCACGCCCAAGACAUGUUUUCCUGCUACCACGGCACCGCAACAGACGUCUCCCAACUCAUUGACCACCUCGAAUCCUACAUCCUACACACCCCCGACUCCCCACCCAUCACCACCCACCUCGCCCUCGGCAUCAGCCUCGGCGGCCACGCAACCUGGCACUGUCUCCUCUCCGACCCCCGCAUCACCGCCGGCGUCGUCGGCAUCGGCUGCCCAGACUACACACGCCUCAUGGCCGACCGCGCCCGCCUCAGCAAACGUCCCUCAUACAUCCAAUCCCACCCCCCAGGCGCCCACUUCCUCGGCUCCCCCGACUUUCCCCCCGCCCUACAAAACGCAGUCGCCCAGUACGAUCCCGCAGGCCUCUUGCUCCCAACCUCCUUCAACCCCGUCGCCCCAGACACACGACCGCCUUCUCCCCACACACUCGACCGCUUCAAGCGCAUCGCAAACGACCGCUUACACGGCAAACACAUUCUUAAUCUCAGCGGCGGCGCCGAUAAACUCGUCCCUUAUGCCGCCGGCGAACCCUUUUUAUCCCUCUUCAAGCAGAUCCUCCACGACGACGCUAGUCUGCAAAUUCACCUCGAAGACAUCGUCUUUGAUGGCGUCGGCCAUGCGUUUUCAACACAGAUGGCAGAUAAAGCGACAUCUUGGAUCUGCGACUUGUUGGCGCGAGAGAGGGGGAGAGAGGGGGUGCAAGGAGGGGUAGCUAGUAAGAUUUAA